AUGAUAUAUCUAGUAAUAUCAAAACUAAAUAAUGUAAAAAGUUUAAAAGUAAGGAAAAUAUUAAAUUUUUAUGUUUCAAAUAAUUAUUGUAACAGUAUAUUUGAUUUAAUAGCAAAAAAGAAAUUAGAAUUAGAAAAUAAAAAUGAUAAUUUAGUAGAACAAAAAUUACUUCAAAUUGAAAAAAAGGAAGAAAAAUAUGGCUAUAAUCAUCUUGAAAAUGGGGUUAAUAGAGAUAGUAAGAUAAAUAAUAGACAACAAAUAAAUUAUUUGAAAAACAAAUAUAAAAUGAAUAUAGGAGAUUCAGACACUAUAGAAAAGAGUGAUUUACAUACGAACGUUUCUGAUAACUAUAUUUACAAUAAUAAAUUAUAUAUCCUAAAAUAUAUAAAGCAUUUACAAAUAAAUGAUGAAUUAAGUAAAUAUAGAUUUAUAACAAAAUAUGUAAUUAAUAAUAUAACAAAAUUUUAUGAUAAUGAAGUAUUAUUUAUAUUAAAAAUAUUCUCAAAAAAAAAAUAUAAAAAUUUACUUUUUUUACAAUGCACAAGCGAAUAUUUUUAUUGGUUAUGUAAAUUAAAUAAACACUCAAAAAAAAAUAUAUCAUACUAUUUAUAUUUUUGUAGUGUUUUAAAUUAUAUACCCACAAUGAAGUAUUUAGAAGAAUAUACAAAGAUAUUUAAUUUUUAUGAGAAAGGAAUAAAAAAUAAUUUCUUUUUUUUUAAUAUGAUUGAAGAAGAGUCUAACUUAUAUCACAAAAAUGUUAAGUAUAUAAUUCAUGUAUUAUAUUUUUUAAAUAAGGCAAAUAUAAAAAAUGAUCUUUUUGAUAUUUUAUUAUAUAUGUGUAGUUAUUAUGCUAGUGAUUUAACAUUAAAAGGAACAUUUUUAUUAUUAAAAAUAAUUGUAAAUCUUGAUAAUGAUAAAUAUAAUCUGAACACUUUAAAAAAUAUUCAUAAAAAUAUUGAAAGACAUUUAGAAUUAUUAGAACAACAUGAUUUUAAUAAUUAUUUAAAUAUUUUAUUAUUUAACAAUAUUAAUUUAGAUGAUGCAUUUUUUAUUUUUGUAAAAAAUUAUAUGGAAAAAAAUCAUUUUAACCUAUCAGUGAAUUCAGUUAUGUCGAUAUUAAAAAUAAAAAAAAAAGUAAAUUACAGAGAUCCUGUAAUAUUAAAAAAGCUUUUAGACAUCAUAACGCAUAAUUUCUAUGAUUACAAUUAUGGUGAUAUUUUAAAUAUAUUAAAAAUAUUAGCUUUUUUUAAUUAUUUUAAUGAAAAUUUUUUUUAUUUCCUUUUUAGCAAGUUUGUUAAUUUAAAAAAUUGUCCUACUGCUAUUAAUAAUAAAGAAAAGGUUAAAAAAAAUGAUCAAAUUAAUAUGCAAAACAAAAUGAUAUCAAAUUUAACUAAUAGUAAAAAUUCAAUCAGUAAUUCUCAAGUAGAUAAUAUCCAUGCUUAUUUAAAUUUAAAGAAUGAUAUUAGUGAUUUUUCUCGUAAAGAAGUUGAAAAAGUUGAUCCUAAUUAUUUGGGUGAAGAUUUCCUUAAUGAAACACUACAAGAAAAUAGUAUUUUUAAAUAUAAAAAUAAAAUAAUUCAUAAAAGCAUUUUUAAAAAAUUUUACUAUAAUGAUAAUAAAAAUGACAAGUAUGAUUAUAAUAUCUACGAUAGCAGUUAUUACAAUAGUGAAGAUAUUAAUAAUAUGAAUAAUAAUUAUAAUAAAAGCAUUUUUAAUAUUUAUGAAGAUGAUACAUUUAAAAAUGUAAAUGAUUAUAAUAAUUAUAAAAAUAAAAAAGAUACAAAAAAUUUUAAAAAUUUGCAAUAUCAAAAAGAAAGUAGUAAUAAAAAAAUAAAUGAAUUAACUCAUUUGCCAUUACAUUUAAAUGUUCAUAAAACAAAAAUGAAAAUAAACUAUUCAAAUAUAAUGGAAAAUCAAAUAGAUAUAAAAUAUAAUAAAUUAAAUGAAAUAUCUUAUGAUUUAGAAUAUAUUGAAAUGUUUAUUAACUUAUUUAUUUAUUUAGGAAAAUGUGGAUUUAGAAGUAUUGACUCAUUAAAUAUUUUAUCUCAUAAAAUACAAUUUUAUUUAUGUAUGAGAAAUAGCUAUGACAUUUAUAAUAAAAGAAAAGAAGUAUAUAAAGAUUCAGAGACGAAAUUCAUAGGAUUUUAUGAUAAUAUAAAUAACAUUAAAAAAAAUAUAAAUUUUAAUUUAGAUUUUCAAAAAAAUACAUUAUUAGAUGAUAAAAAUAAUUUAUGUUUAAUUAAUUAUGAAGAAAAAUUAAAUGAAGCAGUAAGCAAAUCAAAACAAAUGAAUGAUAUAACAACUAGUAAAAAUUAUGACAUGAAUGACAAUAAUAGUAAAAAUAAAAUUAAUAAUAUAAAUAGUAUUAAAAAUAUAUGUAAUGAUAAUAUUAAUAAUGAGAAAAACAUAAAAAAAUUAUGUUUACGAUUCAUAUAUGAUGAAAGUGAAAAAAUUAAUUUAACGAAUUUAAAAAAAAAAAAAGAAUUAAUUCAUGAUAAAGAUAAAUUAAAAAAAAAUAUUUCUAACAGUAAAUAUGCGAACGUAGAAAGUUUUAGAAUAAGUAGAAUUGGGAAUAUAAAUAAAAUGAAUAAUUUAAAUGUAGAAGAGGAAAAACCAAAAAAAAAAAAGAAAAAAAAUAGUGUUAUAAUUAAGUUCUUUAACAAUUUUCAUCCAGCUUUAAUUCGUCUUCAUAAUCGCAAACUUUUCAGAAAAUAUUUUUAUAAUGUUUAUAGAAGUGAGAAAUACACAGAAAAGGUCUUUAAAAAAAGAAAAAUAAUUAAGAAUGAUGAUACACUGAAUUCAAUAGAUGUACAAGAGAAAAAGGAUAUGCGAUUAAAAAAAUAUAAAAAAAUAAGAAAUUUAAGAAAUGUAUGUUUAAAAAGAUAUAAGCAUAUAUUUGAAAAUGAAACUGAUGCUGUAUCUAAUUAUUUAAAUAAAUUAUAUCAAAAUGAUACUAAAAAAGAAGAAAAUAAUAUGUUAGAUAUGAUAGCAAAUAACAGUGAGAUUCAUGUUGACGAUUCGUUGUUUGUUAAUUAUAAUUUAUCUAUUAGUAAUAAGAAAUUUUUAAAAAGGUAUAAUAAAUUUAUUACAAAUAGUAAUCAAAUAACUCACGAAGAAUAUAUAAAAAAGAAUAACAAACAAAAAAUAGAAGGAUAUAAAAAGAAUGAUAUAAUUAAAUGGAUAUAUCGAUUCAGAAAUAAUUAUAAUAUUUUUAAUAAUGAAAAAAAUAUGAAAAUAAUUGAUAAUGAUAUUAAAAUGUUAAAUAAGCAUAUGAAUGAGUAUUGUGGUGUAACUAGUGAAAAAUUAAAAAUAAGUUUUAAACAUAUUGCACUUAUAGCAUAUUCUUGUAGAAAUUUGUACUAUUUUGAUAAAAAUUUGAUCGAUAUUUUAUUUUUCAAUGUAUUUAAAAUUAUAGAUACUUUUUAUAUAUCUCAAAAAAAAGGAUAUAAUAAAAAUAAUCAUUUAAAUAUCUCUAAGAAAGACAAUUAUCAUUUGUUUAUAUUUGAAAACAUAUGGAAAUAUUUAACCAUAUGUUUACAAAUGAAUCAUUUUGCUAGGAAUAUUUUAAAAAUAGACAACAGAUAUAAAACUAUUGAAAAAUUAAUUAAAUUAUAUACACAUUCAUAUUUUAUAUUUAAUUUUAAAAAUAUGAUUUACAUUUUUAAUUAUUUGAAUAGAAUUUUAUGGUUAAAAAAUUCUAAAUUAUCUUUUGUUGAAAAUUUUCUAAUAAGUUACUUUGAUAUUUCUAUUAUUUUAGAGAGUUUUUUUAUUUACAACAAGAAUUUAUUUUUGAUAAUGGAUAACAAUUAUAAAAACCUCAUGAUUGCUGAUCUAAAGAAUUUUCAUUACUUUAUUUAUUAUAUAUCAAAACUUUAUUUAAUUUAUUUAAACAUUUUGAUAAAUAAAAAACAGUUGCCUUCUAGUGAUUUAACAAAUUGUAUAAAGGAAGAUGAUUUCUAUAAAUAUUUAACAUGUAUAAACUUUUAUAUUAUAUUUUCUCAUUUAUUCCAUAUAAAAAUGAAUGAAAAAUUGAUUGAAGAUAAAAAAUUACAUGGUACUUCUAUAAAUUCUAAUUCUAUUAAAAAUAAGGUAUUUAAGAUUAAUUUUUUUUAUAAUAAUAUUAUUGAAAAAUGCGAAGUUAGUAAUAAUAAUACAGAGGAAAAUAAUGAUACACAAUGUAUAUGGAACAAUAAAGUAAUAAAUAAAGAAAAUAUUAAUUUUUAUAAUAUUUUAACCACAUUUUUUAAAUAUAUUAAAUUUUUAAGAAAUCAUAAAUUUUUAACUGACUCAGAAGAUAGUAUAAAUUAUUUAUACCAUAUUAUAAGAUUUUAUUAUAUUUUUAAAAAAAUUUUUAGAAAUAAAAAUAUAAAUUAUAUUAAUGAAAAAAAUUAUCAGGAAGUUUUUCCGUUAUUUGUAAUUCAAAUAUUAAAUAAAAAACAAAUAAAAGAAAUUAAUAUAGACGAACUUUUUUUUUUUGACACAAGGAAAUACAAAUCAAAAUUUUUUUUUUAUCAAAAUACAUUAAUUUAUAACUAUUUUUUAUUUUAUUUUUUAAAAAAAAAAAUAUAA